AACAAAACAAGUCCACUCACGCGUCUUGCGGAGAAGGCCACAGCACAGAAACAAGAGCAAGAUGACCGUGAACGUGACUGUGACUAUGCUGGCUGUCUUGUCCGUGUUUGCCGUGGGGAUGCUCUUGCUGAAUGAGCAGCAGAACGGCUGCCUGGGAGCGGCGGUGGUGGGAGAGGACGGUACGGGUGCCUUCCACAUCAACACCAGCGAUCCAUCAAGCCAAUUUGUGUUUGUGAACGGCAUGAGCGUGGAUGGGCUGUUCAAAACAAUGGACACGUUGUUGCGGACAGUCCCAACACAGCAGAGGACAAUUAAGGCGCAGCAGAGCACCAUCGAUCGCGUCUAUGGGAAAGUGUGCACUCCAAAUACCAGGACCUUUGGUCAAGUCGCCUCAACGACACACAAGUGGCUUGGAGGCGCGCUGGCGAACAACGGCCUGAUCUACGCUGCACCGUACAACUCGCCUGCAGUGCUCAUCAUCGACCCGGACGCCAACACCGUCGACACAACUACAAUAUCCGGCCUUGGAGCGGACAACGGCAAGUGGGCCGGUGCUGUGCUCGCGCACAACGGCCUCAUUUACAUGUUUGCAUCAGUCAGCGAGACGAUGCUCAUCGUUGACCCAGAGACGAACACCAUUGACACCACAAGCAUCGACUCACUUGGGUCCGGCACCUUCAAAUGGCGCAGGGGCGUUGCAGCCACCAACGGCCUCGUCGUCGGCAUUCCAUUCUCUGCAACAUCUGUUUUGAUCAUUGAUCCGGAGACCAACACGUCCGACAUCACCACCCUGGCGGGGCUGCCGACCGAAAGGUACAAAUGGGAUGGCGGUGUGCAGGCAGACAACGGCCUCAUCUACUACUGUAUUCCAAGGUUGGCUUCUUCUAUUCUCAUCAUCAAUCCAGAGUCCCUCACGAUGGACUUCACCACCAUCAGUGGCCUCGGUACAAACGACAAUUGGCGUGGGGGCGUGCUUGCAGGCAGCGGUCUCAUCUACACCAUCCCGUACCUCACCGCAACCACACUUGUUAUCAACCCAGCCACCAAUGCCACCGCGCAGCUGCCCGUCGCGGAGGCAACAAGCUUUGGCAAAUGGGUCGGCGGCGCACUCGCACCCAACGGCAACAUUGUCGGCAUCCCAUUCAGUUCACCAUCAGUCCUCAUUUUCGAUCCAGCCACAAACAAUACCGACACCACGACCAUAACCGAACUUGACGGGAGUGCCAAGUGGUACGACGGCGUCCUCGCUCCAAACGGCCUCAUCUAUGGCAUCCCAAAUGACGCAGAGUCUGUCCUCGCCAUUGACCCGGGAUGCUGACAUGUGUGUUGUGUGUGUUAUGUGUGUUAUGUGUGCAUGUGUGCCUGUGUGUGUGUUGUGUGUGUGUGUGUGUGUGCCCGUGCCGCAUUCUUUUCGCGCUUCCUGCAUCGCUUUCGUUCCUCCUUUCAUUGACCGCUGUCCCUUCUUCCGUUUUCCUUCUCCAGUACUCUUGACGGCCAUUUCACUCUUCUUGACUGUCCCACAACAAUAAGAACAACACUAACCAACA